GAUAGCAGUCGACAGCAUUCUAUUGUGUGUUCUCUGUGUGUUGUCUGUAAAGGUCUGACCCAAUGAUACAGUACGCUGCCUAAAAGUGUUCUACAUAAUUCUACGCCAAGGUGUCAAACUGGAUAGUUGUCAAAAGCGUGACAACAUGGCGACUGGGAAACUAAGACUGACUGAGAACGUGCUGUCUUUUUGGAAGUCCAUCGUGUUCCUCAUAACACCUGUGAUCCUGUGCCCGCUGCCGUUCUAUUAUGCUAAUACAGAAAAUAGCAAGAUUGCAGCCUGUGCCUAUGCUGUUAUCAUCAUGGCGGUGUACUGGACGGGUGAUAUUCUACCGUUAGCUGUGACUGCUCUUCUCCCCAUCGCUAUGUUUCCCAUUCUGGGGGUCCAACCGUCGAGGAAAGUCUGCAUCAACUACUUAAAUGACAUGAAUUUCCUGAUGAUUGGGGGUCUGAUGGUGGCUGUUGCGAUGGAGCGGUGGAACCUCCACAAGAGGAUAGCACUGAAGGCUGUUCUUAUGGUUGGGGUCGAGCCAAGAUGGUUGAUGUUGGGGAUGAUGUCUGUUACUGCGUUCCUGUCCAUGUGGAUCAGCAACAUGGCAACAACCGCCAUGAUGGUUCCCAUCGCACAGGCCAUCUCGGCAGAGAUUCUCAAGGAAAAGGGACCCGAGGAACGGGAAGAGGGCCAGGGACAGAAGAAGACACUAACUUCUGAUGAUGAAAACACAGUGCUGCUAUCCACAAGAACGUCAAGAAAUGAACAAAGCCAAGAGCUGCCCCUUGAAAACAUUGCAGUGGAAAAGUGUGAUGACGAUGACGAUGACGACGAUAUGGAUUUGCUUGCAGAUCAGGCCCGACCGUCAGCGGAACAGGCAGACAAAGUGACUAAAGGCCUGUUACUGUGCAUCUGUUACGCCGCCAACAUCGGCGGGACUGCUACCCUGAUAGGAACGGCGCCAAACAUUCUCGUAGUACAGACGGUCCAAACAAUGUUUCCAAAGAGCCCAGGGAUUGAUUUCGCAAGCUGGUUUUUCUUCGGCUUCCCGACGAUGGUCCUCACCCUGCUGCUGGCAUGGCUGUGGCUGCAGUGGCAGUUUGUCAGUCAAAGUUGUGUCCCAGGUUGUGCCAGUCGAAGAGGGUGCGGGGGAAAGUGCCAACGACACAAGAACGUCGCCGCCUAUAAGGCCAUCAGAAGGCAGUACGAUGAGCUGGGACCCUUUUCGUUUGCUGAGUCGGUCGUCCUUGUCCAUUUCAUCCUGUUGGUGCUCCUGUGGUUUUUCCGGGACAUGAAGUUUAUAAAGCUGGAGAACGGCCAGGCCGCCGGAUGGGCCUACUUCUUCGUUCGGGACUAUGUAACAGACUCCUCAGCGGUUCUCCUGAUAUGCCUGUCCCUGUUCAUCUGGCCAGCUAGACCGCCUAGCAGAGGGAGGGAAGAUCUUCACCCGUCUGAUGACGAGCCGGGCCCGUCCAUCCUAGACUGGCCCACCGUGGAACGGAACUUAUCCUGGGAAGUCAUCAUUCUACUGGGGGGAGGAUAUGCACUGGCGGACGGAGUCAAGGUGUCUGGCUUAUCGGCGUGGAUGGGACAGGGUUUCCGGGGCCUGGAGGGGUUCUCUCCGGCUUUCAUCGUCAUCAUCAUCACGAUCAUGAUAGCCUUCAUCACAGAGUUCAGCAGCAACACCUCCGCGGCGUCCAUCUUUCUCCCCAUCCUCGGAACGCUGGCGCAGGGCAUAUGUGUCCACCCCUAUUACCUGAUGAUACCGGCCGCUAUCGCCUGCUCCUUUGCCUUCAUGUUGCCCGUGGCAACCCCGGCCAACGCCAUUGUUUUCUCAUACGGACGCAUCAAGGUGCUAGACAUGGCUAAGAGCGGUUUGGGGUUAAACCUGCUCUGCCUGUUCGUGUUGAACAUCGCCAUCAACACGUACGGUGUGCCGCUGUACCAGCUGCAGGACUUCCCGCCCUGGACCGUGUGUACCGCACCCGUCACCACGGCCGGACCCUCCGGCACUCCCGCCAACAUCACAACUCUUGUCGGCAACUGAACUGUGCUAGUAGACCGCCAACAUCACAGCACUUCUCAACAACUGAACUGUGCUACAAUAGACCGCCAACAUGACUACACUUCUCAACAACUGAACUGUGCUAGUAGACCGCGACAACAUCACAACUCUUCUCAACAACUGAACUGUGCUAGUAGACCGCCAACAUCACAGCACUUCUUGAACUUGGACUGAAUUAUUUGACCGCCAACAUCACAACUCUUCCCAACAACUGAACUGUACCAUAAUAGACCGACAACAGCACAGCACUUCUCAACAACUGAACUGUGCUUGUAGACCGCCGUUAUUACAUUACUUAACAACACUUCUCAACAACUGAACUGUACUACUAGUAUAUCUAUAUGAUAGACCUAACCUCCUUCGCAGACUUCUGAGGCGGCAGCGUUAUUUUUUCGGACAGCGACGCGAGUUAUGCCGCGUAGGGAAGUCUGCGAAGAAGGCUAUGAUAGACCGCCAACAUAACGCUUCUCAGAAACUGAACUGUACUAUAAUACACCACACUGACUCGAUGUUAUUGGUGUAUCCUCAUGUUUGCUAAUUUUCGUAAGAAAAAGAAAAUGGAUUUUAGUUGACAUCUUAUGAUCAGAUGUAAUAUUGUGUCAUUGUAAUAUA